AUAGAUCAAUUUCUCAUUGGUGUCAAGAUGGCGGAGUUUGAUCUCACCACCACGCUCGGGCAAUAUUUAGAUAGACAUCUGGUGUUUCCUUUACUAGAAUUUUUAACAGUUAAAGGGCUGUAUGAUGAAAAAGAAAUGCUUAUGGGCAAGCUGGAUCUCCUUAGCAACACCAACAUGGUUGACUUUGCUAUGGAUGUCCAUCGCAACCUGUACCCAGACCAGGCUGUGCCACAAGUUUUGAAAGACAAACGUCAAGAAGUUGUAGCUCAGUUAAAAACCCUUCAGGCUAAAACUGACAGUAUUACAGAGAUCUUUGAGAAACCUGAAGUACAGCGUCAGAUUCAAGCAUCAAGAGAUGGGAGACAGCUGUAUGAUUUUCUUUCCAAAGAAUAUGGGUUUAAACAUGACAUGAUCAACACACUGUACGACUACGCCAAGUUUCAGUAUGAGUGUGGCAAUUAUUCAGGUGCUGCUGAGUUCCUCUACUUUGUUAGAGUAUUGAUACCCCCAAAUGAUCGUAAUUUUCUUAAUGCUUGUUGGGGGAAACUAGCUUCUGAGAUUCUGAUGCAGAAUUGGGAGUAUGCACUAGAAGAUUUGAACAAAGUAAAAGAUCUAAUUGAUAGUAAUUCAUUUAACUCAGACCUGAUGACUCUGCAACAAAGAACUUGGGUGAUUCAUUGGAGUUUAUUUGUAUACUUCAAUCAUCCGAAAGGCAGGGAUCUUAUCAUAGAUCAGUUCCUCUACACACCAACGUACCUAAAUGCCAUUCAGACCACGUGUCCGCAUGUCCUGAGGUACCUUACAACCGCUGUGAUUACCAACAAGCAGAGGCGAAGAGCUGUGCUAAAAGAUCUUGUCAAAGUUAUUCAGCAGGAAUCUUACACCUAUAAAGAUCCUAUUACUGAAUUUGUUCAAUGUCUGUAUGUGGAUUUUGACUUUGAUGGUGCUCAGAAAAAGUUAAGAGAAUGUGAAACCGUUCUAUUCAAUGACUUCUUCUUGGUGGCCUGUUUGGAAGACUUCAUUGAAAAUGCACGUCUUCUUAUUUUUGAGACUUUCUGUCGUAUUCAUGAAUGUAUUAGCACUAGCAUGCUAGCUGAAAAACUAAACAUGAGCCUUGACGAUGCAGAGAAAUGGAUAGUCAAUCUAAUUAGAAAUGCCAGACUGGAUGCCAAGAUAGACUCUAAACUAGGUCAUGUUGUGAUGGGCACUCAAGCUAUAUCUCCAUAUCAGCAGGUGAUAGAGAAAACUAAAAACCUUUCCUUUAGGUCACAGAUGCUCGCCUUAAAUAUUGAAAAGAAACUUGGAAACCGUGGUGGUCAAGAUAGUCAAUGGGCAGGACAGGAGUAGUUGCCAGAACUUUGCUGCACUCUUUACUCUCAACACCAAGCAAACAUCAAAGUUUUAUUUCAGUCUCUACAUUUGGCAGAAACUUUCUUUAUACAUUUUACUUGUUUCCAAUGUCUGAAGAUUUCCCACACAAGUUGUGUGGCAUCAGAAAAAAAAAAUUCACUAGAGUAUAUUGCAGGCUAAGAAUGUAUUUUAUCUAUGUAAAUAUUUUUGUCUACUCUGGACAACAUGGUGUCAAGACCAAAUACACCAACACAGACACAAUAUGGAAUAGUACUGGUUUGAUUGUCUUGGUCUGUGGUUGGGAUGUUCUCCUUAAAUUGAUUCUAAAUAAAUUAUUACAAAUUCCAA